AUGACCAGGUUAUUAGUAUCGACAUUAUUUAUGAUCGGAUGUUUAAUUGCAUUCGGUCAGACAAAAGAAAAGGAUAGUGGUAAAGAUAAACAAGAUGUCGGUACUGUAAUCGGUAUUGAUUUAGGUACAACAUAUUCCUGUGUGGGUGUAUUUAAAAAUGGACGUGUCGAAAUCAUUCCAAAUGAUCAGGGUAAUCGAAUCACACCAUCAUAUGUAGCAUUCACCGCUGAAGGCGAACGUUUAAUCGGUGAUGCAGCUAAAAAUCAAUUGACUAGCAAUCCAGAAAACACUGUAUUCGAUGUUAAACGUUUGAUUGGUCGUGAAUGGGGUGAUCCAACUGUUCAAUCUGAUAUUAAAUUCUUUCCAUUUAAAGUGAUUGAAAAGAAUGCCAAACCUCAUAUCAAAGUUGAAACCGGAUCUGGAACAAAAGUUUUUGCACCGGAAGAAAUCAUUUGUCAGGCUUGA